UGCACCAAUGAGAGACAACCAGGAAACCAGAAAACGGAAGUAGAGUUCCUUGAACCCCAACUAACAGAAAACAUAACAGUUUAAAGUCCUCAGUGUGUGUUUGCUGUGUUUCCUCAGCAUGGCACCUUGUUUCCUGGCCUCUCCACCGGCUGUUAGCUGCUUUUAAAGUGCUGCUUUUACCGGUGUAAACUCUGCCUGGGUCGGUGAAGCAUGGAGCUACAGGAGGUGGAGAGGCGCUGCUGUGUGAUCAAAGUGUCCCGAGCUUCCUCAGAGAAGAAACCCGUCAGCUGCAGCGGAGUGAUCGUCCACCAUCAGACCGGAACCGUGAUAUGUACCGGCCUCCCGUUUUCACGUUUUGUCGCCGACAAAGAGCGCUUCUCCUCGGCCGGUGAGUCCAGCUUCCUGCCCCCGCGCAGCCUGACUGACAAACUGAGAAUCCGCGUCAGCUUCUCCCCUCAGCGGGAUGAGGACACCGGCCGAGACCAGCUCACACCCGCCCGAUCCAAGCCCACGCGGCAGCGGGAGGUCCCCGCCCGGCUGCUGCUGCUGGUGAACUGCCUGGAGUUCAGACGAGCUUUCCGGGCUGUGUUCCAGGAUGCGGACCGGUGGCGUUUCCAUGGCGACGAGGAGGAUGAGGAGAAGGAGGAGGAUGCGGAGCUGAUGAGGGAUGCUCACCUCCUCAGCUGGUUCGCUGUGCUCCAGACAGGUGAGGUCGGAAGCAGCCCAUACUCGGCGGGGAGCGUCCCCUGGCAGAGCAGCUCAUCCCUCCUGAAGGGCAGCCCGGUGCUCGCCUGUGGUUCACCGUUCGGCUCCCUCUGCCUGGACCUCUUCAUCAGCACCCUCAGCAGAGGCAUCGUCAGCAACCUCGCCGGAGAGGACAACGCUGUCAUCCUCACAGACGCCCGCUGUCUGCCAGGCACGGAGGGUGGAGGCUUGUUUUCGGUGGAGGGCGCAGACGACGUGCGUCUCGUCGGGCUGAUAGUGUCUCCCUUUGGCUGGAAGGCCAACGAGUGGAUAGGCCUGUCCCUGGUCUGCUCUGUCCACUCGAUCUUCAGGAACAUCAUUAGCUGCACGAGCGCUGAAGAUCCACUCCGAGAUGUCUGGCUCCUUCCGGGAGAGUCCGACCUCCACAUGUCCACCACAGCCCACGAGUCAAAGGCUGGGAGAUACCCGACUGUGUGCUUUGUGGACAGCGGCGAGUUUUGGGGCUCAGGGGUCGUUGUCUCCCCUCAUCUGGUUUUAACCUGCCGGCAUGUGGUCAACGGGAAGUCGACAGUCAACCUGAAGUUCCAUCACAGGGGCAGAGUCCGUAAUGUUGUGGGGGGUGUGCUGUUUUCCACGAAAGCUUCUUCCCCCUAUGAUCUGGCUUUAGUGGAGCUCAGAGACUCUGUCCCAGAGACCGCGGUCCCUCGAAUGGCUCACAGUUUCAUCCCAGGUGAAUCUGUAGUUGUGGUGGGAUACGGUGGGUUAGGCCAACGCUGCGGUCCGUCCCUGACUGGUGGGGUCCUCUCCAAAGCCAUUAGCCUGAAAUCGCAGCCUGUGAUGCUUCAGACCACUUGUGCAGUACAAGCAGGAGCCAGUGGGGGUGCUGUGGUGCGGAAACACUCGGGAGAGCUGCUUGGCAUUGUGUCCAGCAACACCAGGGACCUGGCUGCCAAAGUGACCUACCCACACCUCAACUUCAGCAUCCCGGUGACGGUUUUCCAGAGACUGGUGAAGCGAUUUCAACAGACAAAGGACGUUAAUAUGUUCAGGAUGUUGGACACCGCAGAAAAAGAAGUCAGGAGGGUGUGGAGACUACAAGGUGCUCCAAGCAAACUAUAACUAGGAUGGGUUAGAGAGAAUAGUUGUAAAAAUCACUUUAGACAACCAAAUUCAAAUCUUGUGCAUCUUUUUUAAACAAAACUGGUAAUUUUAAAUAAUGAAUUCCUAAUGUUGAUAUGAUCAAUAUUAAAUAAUUAACAGCCA